AUGUUCCGGAGACGGCGCAGAUGUGACGUGAUGCCCGUUGUUUUGGUGCGCCCGACCAAUCGGACGCGGCGGCUGGAUUCUACGGGAGCCGGGAUGGGCCCGUCGUGGCGGCAGCAGGACGCUCCCCUGCCGACCGUCACGCAUUGCGCAGGGUGCACCACCGCCCGGUCCUCUUGCGGCUUUAACGGCCCCGGCAUGGACCCGCCGCGCCACUUCCCGGCGGGCUUCGGCCCCGAGCAGCAGCAGCAGCAACAGCAGCAACAGCAGCAGCAGCAGCAGCAGCAGCAGCAGCGCCCGCCGGCGCCGCCGCCGCACUGCCAGCAGCACGGCCAGGACAAGCAGAGCCUCCUCCAGCAGCAGCAGCAGCAGCAGCAGAGUCCGUGCCUCCAGUGCAACAACUGCGCCUACUACGGGGCUGCUGCGGCAGCCGCCGGGGAUAACCUGCCCCUGCUGCUCCGCGCCUCCUCGCCGCUUUCGGGCGCCUUUCGGACGCACUCCUCGCCGCUGUCUUCCGCCGCCUCCUCCCGACACGGCAGCCAGCUGAACGUCAGCGAGUUCACCCCGUCCAGCCAUGCUGGCGCGUCCAGACAGCCUCACCAGUAUUCCCAGUACCACCAGUGCCAUAGCCUGCAGCAGCAGCAGGCAGCCAGCCCCAGCAGCAGUGUCAGCAGCAGCAGCACUCACCAUCAUCAUCACCAUCACCACCACCACCACCAUCACCAGCAGCAGCAGCGCCGGGAGAGCAACCCCUUCACCGAAAUAGCCAUGAGCAGCUGCAGGUACAACGGCGGCGUCAUGCGGCCGCUCAGCAACCUGAGCUCGUCCCGCAGGAACCUGCACGACCUGGACUCUGAGUCGCAGCCUCUCCAGGCACCGCUCGCCAGCCCCGCCGCCGCCGCCGGCUCUGCCCCCGCCGCUGGCAGCCCCGCCGCCCCGGAGAUCGUGGUCUCCAAGCCCGAGCACAACAACUCCAACAACCUGGCGCUGUACAGCUCCGCCGGUCCCGGCCCCGGCACGGGCAGCACCAACAACGGCGGGGGCAAGUCCAGCAAGAAGAAGAACCAGAACAUCGGCUACAAGCUGGGACACCGCCGGGCUCUCUUCGAGAAGCGCAAGCGCCUCAGCGACUACGCGCUCAUCUUCGGCAUGUUCGGCAUCGUAGUCAUGGUCAUCGAGACCGAGCUCUCCUGGGGCGCCUACACCAAGGAAUCUCUGUAUUCCCUCGCUCUGAAAUGCCUUAUUAGCCUCUCCACGAUUAUCCUCCUCGGGCUCAUCAUCGUGUACCACGCAAGAGAAAUCCAGUUGUUCAUGGUGGACAAUGGAGCAGAUGACUGGAGAAUAGCCAUGACUUAUGAGCGUAUUUUCUUUAUCUGCUUGGAAAUACUGGUGUGUGCUAUACAUCCCAUACCUGGGAAUUACACAUUCACAUGGACAGCCCGGCUCGCCUUUUCUUACGCUCCAUCCACAACAACAGCUGAUGUGGAUAUUAUUUUAUCUAUACCAAUGUUCUUAAGACUGUAUCUUAUUGCCAGAGUUAUGCUUUUGCAUAGCAAACUUUUCACUGAUGCCUCAUCUAGAAGCAUUGGAGCAUUAAAUAAGAUAAACUUCAAUACCCGUUUUGUUAUGAAGACUCUAAUGACAAUAUGUCCAGGAACUGUACUGUUGGUUUUUAGUAUCUCACUAUGGAUAAUUGCUGCAUGGACUGUCCGAGCUUGUGAAAGGUGGGCAACACAUCUGUCUUCAAAUGUGACACUGCAGAGAUACCAUGACCAACAGGAUGUUACUAGCAACUUCCUUGGAGCAAUGUGGUUGAUUUCAAUAACUUUUCUAUCCAUUGGAUAUGGGGAUAUGGUACCAAAUACAUACUGUGGAAAAGGGGUCUGUUUACUUACUGGAAUCAUGGGUGCUGGGUGCACUGCACUGGUGGUAGCUGUGGUGGCAAGGAAGUUAGAACUUACCAAAGCUGAAAAACAUGUGCAUAAUUUCAUGAUGGACACUCAGCUAACUAAAAGAGUGAAAAAUGCAGCGGCCAAUGUACUCAGGGAAACAUGGUUAAUCUAUAAAAACACAAAGCUGGUUAAAAAAAUAGACCAUGCAAAAGUAAGGAAACAUCAACGCAAAUUCUUACAAGCUAUUCAUCAAUUAAGAAGUGUAAAAAUGGAACAAAGGAAACUGAAUGAUCAAGCCAACACUUUGGUGGACCUGGCAAAGACUCAAAACAUCAUGUAUGACAUGAUUUCUGACUUAAAUGAAAGAAGUGAAGAUUUUGAGAAGAGAAUUGUUACUCUGGAAACUAAACUGGAAACUUUAAUUGGUAGCAUUCAAGCUCUUCCUGGACUGAUUAGCCAGACAAUCAGCCAGCAACAGAGGGAAUUCCUCGAGGCUCAGAUACAAAAUUACGAUAAGCAUGUUGCCUACAGUGCUGAACGAUCACGAUCUUUGUCAAGAAGAAGGAGAUCAUCCUCCACAGCACCACCAACUUCAUCAGAGAGUAGCUAG